AUGGAUAGAAGUUGGGUGCAUGCAAGACUGUUUUCUCAAGAUUACAUCAACGGUGUCAAAGAAUUUAUGAGCUUCAUUCAUGGAAAAUUUGAAGAGGAUGAAGAAAUUUUAUGCCCAUGCAGUAGAUGUCUUAAUCAGAAGUACCAGCAUCUAGCUCUUGUGCAGAGGCAUAUAUUGAUGAAUGGCAUGCAAAGUACAUACACUCGAUGGAUUCAUCAUGGAGAGAACUUUGAUGUCUAUGCUAAUGAGCAUUCUAUUGAGGUGCAUGAAUAUGAUUCUUUACAAGAAUUGGGUAUGAAUGAGCACGACAACUAUAGUGAUGGUAAUUUGAAUGAGUUGUUACAAGACUUACACAACGCAGAGAAAGAUAAAGAAGAUGGUGAAAAUGAGAAUGAUGCAGAACCUAGUGACAAUGGGUCAUUUUUCAAAAUAAUGAUGAAAGAGGCCAAGCGUCAGCUUUAUCCAGGUUGUACUAAAUUUUCAAAGUUGACCUUUGUGGUAAAGCUUCUACACAUGAAGUCAUUUUAUAGGAUAUCCAAUUCUGCAUUUUCAGCAAUAUUAAAGCUUUUGUCUGAUGCUUUCCCAGAAUGCAAUACACUCCCUAAAUCAUAUUAUGAAGCAAAGACUCUUUUAAAGGAAUUAGGUCUUGGGUAUGAAUCAAUACAUGUGUGCUACAAUAAUUGUGUGCUCUUCAGAAACAAAUAUGCCAAGCUUGACAAUUGCCUUGUUUGUGGUCUCUCAAGAUGGGUUGAUGCUGAAAGAAAGAAGAUCCCACAGAAAGCGUUACGGCAUUUUCCUUUGAUACCUAGGCUACAAAGGAUGUUUGUGAACAAAGAAGCAGCAGAACAAGCACAGUGGCACAAGCUAAAGCGAAAUCCUAAGGAGAAGGAAAUGAGUCACCCUGCUGAUGGUGAGGCAUGGCAAGAUUUUGACAGAGAAUAUCCAGAUUUUGCAAAAGAUGCUAGAAACCUUAGACUUGGACUAGCUACUGAUGGAUUUAACCCUUUUUCAGAAAAGAACACCAAAUACAGCAUGUGGCCUGUACUUGUUGUGCCAUAUAACCUUCCACCUUGGAUGUGUAUGGAUGAGACAAAUUUCAUCAUGGCUUUGCUUAUUCCUGGUCCUGCAUCACCUGGAAAGGACUUUGAUGUAUUUUUAGAACCUCUUAUAGAAGAUUUACUUGAGCUUUGGACAGGUGUACGUACUUAUGAUGCUCGAAGUGGAAAAAAGUUUAACCUUCAUGCUGCAGUUUUAUGGUGCAUCCACGAUUACCCAGCUUUGAGCACUCUUUCAGGGCGUACAACAAAAGGCUAUUUUGCAUGUAUUCAUUGUGACAAGCACCCUCUUUCAUACAGAUUGAGGAGCAAAAUUAGUUAUUUUGGGCAUUUUCAUUUCCUUCCAAUGGGACAUCGCUUGCAUAGAAAUAAUGAAUAUGUUGGUCUUCAUGAAAGCAAUGAUCCACCAAGUAAAUUCUCUAUAGAAGAGUUGAUGGCUGAACUAGAGAGAGUUAAACAUGUUAGGCCUGGGAAGCAACAAGGAAAUAGGAAAAGAAAGCAUUCUGAUAUGGACAAGGAUGAGGUGGUAGUUUGGAGUCGGAUGGUUAGUUUAUGGAAGUUACCAUAUUGGAAUAAUUUGAAACUGAGACAUAAUCUUGAUGUCAUGCAUAUUGAGAAAAAUAUAUGCAAGAACUUGAUUGGGACAAUUCUCAAUAUACCUGGGAAGACAAAGGACACAGUUAAAGCUAGGCUUGAUCUGAAAGAUUUGGGUAUUCGAAAGGAGCUACAAUUUAGAGAGCAUGGAGAUUCAUAUGAGAUGACUCAUGCAAGAUACACCUUGUCCACAGAACAAAAGAAGACAUUUUAUGAUUUUUUACGAGAGGUGAAGUUUCCAGAUGGAUUUGCCUCCAACAUAUCAAGAUGUGUAAAUGCUGAGGGAACCAGGGACUUGUGCAGCAGAAUUCUUAACAAGGAUGUGUUGGCUGAAAUGAAGAAAGAAAUCCCAAUAUUUUUGGUAAAACUUGAGAAAAUAUUUCCCCCGGCUUUCUUUGAUGUGAUGGUACACCUAGCUGUACAUCUACCUGAUGAGGCAUUGCUGCGAGGUCCUGUGCAAUAUGGUUGGAUGUACCUAAUUGAAAGGCGGUUGUAUACUUUGAAGCCCUAUGUGAGGAAUAGGGCACGACCAGAAGGCUCAAUUGCUGAGGCUUAUAUUGCAGAUGAGUGCUUGACAUUUUGUUCUAAAUACAUGGACGAUGUAGAAACAAGAUUUAAUCGGGAAUCAAGAAAUAAAGGGUUCUCUAAUGAGGAAGCCUACAAUGUUGAUGUUUUUGGACAUGGAGUUAAUUUCACCUCUGCUUGUGAACUAGUGUAUGAUGAUAGUGCCAUUGAUCAAAUGGUAUGGUAUGUUCUGAACAAUUGUAGUCAGGUUGACAAAUAUGUGAGAAUAUUCAGAGAUGAAUUAGAGAGGGAAGGGCUGCCUAACAUUGAAAGAACUUUGCAGCAGGGAUUCCAGACUUGGUUCAGGAACCAUAUCCUGAGGUUGCGGAAUAUAAAUCAAGAAGAGGUUGAUGAUGAUCUAUUUUCCUUGGCUUGUGGUCCUGAUUUCAGAGUUAGAAAAUACUCCUCAUGCAUAGUGAAUGGAGUGCGGAAGAGGACUAAACUUAAAGAUGAUGGCUUUUUUAAAAGCAUUAAUUUUGGAAGUCUAUGGUACAAAAAUGAUCCCUAUAUUCUGGCCACUCAAGCAAGGAAGGUCUUCUAUUUGGCAGACACAAAAUUGGGUAAAAGUUGGCAUGUUGUUCAGACGUUUGAGCAUAGGCAUCUUUAUAAUGUGAGUGAAAAUGAAGCUACACAACAUAAUACUCCUGCACAUCAAGAAGAUGAGUGUUGUGAAGAGAAUGGUAUCCGGCAAAGGGUUUCUGACAUUGUAUAUGAGAAGCCUUUAAGUAGAGAUGAUGAACAAGGAACAUAUCAAGAAGUGCAUGAGAGUGAUAGUGAAGAAGAAGAUGUCACGAUUGUUGAGUACUGCAGUGAUGCUGAAGAAGGUGUCACAAAUGAGGUUGACAGUGAUGACGAAUAG